GUCCCGCGGCUAUAAGCGUGGCGGGGCGGGCAGGUGGUGGCUCUCACUCCUGCAGCCAUGCCGCCCAAGAAGUACCUUGCCGCGGGCAAGAAGCGCAGCGCCGACUCCGGUGUGGAGACAGAGCGGGGCGCGCUGACCCAGGAGCAGAAGGACCAGCGGAUCAGCCUCUUCCUCAGGGGCUUCAACCAGCAGGCCAAAGAGAAUCUUCAAGAAAUGAAGAAAGAAAUUGAUUCACUUUUGCAAACAGCUGAGAAAACAUUUAGAGUGGAGUUACUGAAGAUGCCAGUUGCUGUCAGAAAAAUGAAAAGAAAAGACUUGCUUAGCCUGCAAGGAGGAGAGGAAGCUGCUGUUGUAGCUGCCGCUGUUGUAGCAAAUGACUGCUCUGUAGAGGACAUUCCAAAUACCAGGCUGGUGAGGAAUUGCAGCAAAAGAGUUAAAGUAACUACAAUUGUUGAAUAUAAAGAUGAGGAGACUGUGCCUGCCAGGAAAGCAUCUCAAAAGGUGUCUAAAACAAAAUCACUGGUUUCUUUAGCUUCUGGUACACAUCUCAAAGAAAACCAUUCUCUUUCGAGAUCUGCAUGCUCUACUCCAAAUGUGAGGCAUUUUAAGGCUCUUACAUCUGAUCGCACAGCUGCAAACUAUAAAUCUGCUCCACGUGUUUCUAGAAGACUACCACAAAUGGCUGUCUCAAGAACUGUACCUAUGAGAGAGAAAGUCCAAGCCAUGUCACUAAGAAGUAACUCGGUGCCUCGGGAAAAAGCUGUUCCAUUUGUUAAUAUACCUCUGGCUGAUGGAAAGACUCUGUGUUCUGCUGGUGAAGACCUCCAUAACAUCAAUGUCGAGUUGCUUAAUGAUGACACAGUUCAGCAUAUUCAUAAUCUAGUGGUUAACAGAAGCAGAGAGCAGUUUACAGCAAGUGAAGAUUGAGGGAGAUUCCCCGUUUUCAUCUGACAGCCUUUGAAAAAAAAAACCAACAGCUGACUUUAUACUCAGCUUUACUUAUGCAUGCCAGGGUUGAAGCAGGUGCACAACAACAAGGACAGGACAUUCAUAGUGGUAAGUCUUCCAAGGGAAACCCUGCUUCAAUUAGGAAAGUAACUUUUUAUGACCAUAUUGAGAGAGCCGGAUACUUGGUGUGCUCCUCUGCAUAUCUAUAGACAGAACUUCUAGCUCAGAAUUAUAGCAGUUACCACUAGGAAUGAGCCAUGUAUGUGUACGUUCAGUUUCUCUCCUCAAUUGUUUAACGUAAUCUAGGUAAUUUUAAGUGUCUGUACUCAAUCCUACAGUUAAAUAUUGCUAAGGAAUAUAAAAACCCACCAACUUUACUUCAUCUAUUAAGUCACA